ACAUAUGCUAAGAUGGUGCUUGAUCCACCAAUGACUGACCAUUAUUCCUUUACGUAUUAUUUUUUUGGACAAUUGACAAUACCCCCUACGGUUUAACUGAGUAUAUUCUUGGAAAACAACAUGGCUUUUGGCAGUUAUGGUCUGGAGAUCAAGUGGUCAAAAUGUUCUCAGGUGUCAGUUUCAGAUUUAUGCCUUAGUUCAGCCUUUUAUAGAGAUUUGAUAUUCCAGAAGUUAUUUGUCACGUCUUUCCAAGCCCCCAAAAUAAAUUGCUUGGUCUCUGGCAAAGGGGGGUUGAGUCAAGUGCUAGUCUCAGUUUUGGUUGUGACAACCUGUCAUGUCAUCGUGCAUGCUCCUGUUGCUGUUACUCUCUCGGGCUGGCUGUGGUCUCAGUGACUCCCCCCACCAGCUGUGUGACUAUCCACUCUGAAUGGACCCUACAGUUACCUGCCAGUCUUUUGGAUUUGGACUUUGCAGGAUCCUUAGAGACAGCAAGAUCCUGCCCUUAUGCAUGGAGCAUAAACCUUGAACAAACUUAGUCCAGACUGAGAAAUAAUUUCACCAUGUAUUUGGAAAACACAGAGCAAGCUAAAGUCUCUGGAGAAGGGGAGUCAUCCGCUGAAGCGCUGCUUGCAGAACAAUGCCAUGUUCCCAAAUUAACAGAAGCUGCAGAUUUAACCAGCCUGUCAAAGGGACGUGCUGAACUUGGCAUAAAGGUUCUUAUGGAAUACACUGAGAAAACUGUCAGGAGAGAAAUGGACCCUUCUCUCCUAUGCGUGGAACACUGCAACAUGAGCGGAGAUGAGACUGAAUCCUGCACAUAUUGCAAUGGACAUGCCGAGGGCUUUGAGCAAUAUUCAGCAAGCGACGGAUUUCUUGAAUCCGACCAGACGCUCGAUAAGUGUGAGACUUCGGGGUUAAGCCAACCAUUUGACGAAUGUGCUCAACACUGUGAGUGUUUUAAACCUUGCAAGUCCUCUGAGCACAGUGAUAAUCAUAGCUUAGCUUCCAAAUGUUGUCCUUGCUGUGAACACUGUUCAGAACACCUCAGAUUAUUUCAACAAUGUAAUCCCUCUGGUCAACAGUUUGAGUCUUUUGACUGUGAGCCAGAUAAACUGACAAUGAACGUUGACAGUUUUGGGCUGUGUGAAAUGUCUGAUUUCAUACCGGAAAGUGCAGACCACCAAGAGUUACUGCAACAAUACGAGCCUCCUGAUCAGCAGUGUGAGUCCUUUGACUCUGAACCAGACACGUCAAGAGAGGACUCUGAACAAUGUGAAAUGACUGGUUGCACACCCAGCACCUCUGACCCAGUGGACUUAUUGGGCAGUGGCACUGAACUUUGUGAGUAUGACGAAAAUCAGAUUCAGAGUGAGUUCACAGAUGAUGAUGAUGAUAAUGGCGAUGAAGAUGAUGAAGAGGGCUAUCCACCUGAACAAAAUGAAACAGAGGCCAGUGAUGAGAAGUCUUGCAGACUGUCAGAAGAUUUAAAUUCCUCACAUGUCAACACACCUCUCCACGUUUAUUUUGAUGACAGCGAACUUGUUCGGUUUGCUAGCGAAUGCUGCGAGACAUACCUGGACACUGAAGAUUGCUCUCAGCAAGCUGCUACAUUAGACAUGUCCACAGACCACUGUGAGAAGUGUGGAAAUGAUGACCCUGAAACAAGUGAAGAGUAUGAAACAACUCAAGAGUGUGCAACUUCUGACAAAACCUCUGACACCUCAGAGUUCUGCGCUGAAGAAGACAGCUCCUCUGAUUGCUCUUCUGGUGAAACCAAAUCCUUUAAGACUUGUCCCGAAGGCAGCAUUCCUUCAGAUCCCUGCUCUGAUUCGUCUGGAGAAUCUGAAAAGGGAGUUCAGGAAGAUUCAAGUGAUGAGCAGACGCAGUGGGAAUCUUUUGAAGAUGACGAAGAAAUGGGACAAAGCCAUAGUAAUGAAAGUAAUGAGGAUAAAAAGAAAACACCCACUGUUGAUAUUGCUAUUGAAGAUUAUUUUGAUUUAUUUGACAGAGCUGACUAUAAUGGACACGCAUUUACACAAAAGCGACAUUACAUUUCCUGCUUUGAUGGCGGAGAUAUGCAUGACAGCCUAUAUCUUGAGGACGAGGCACGGAAGCAUAGUGCCAGAAAUGCAUAUACGUUUGAAGAAACUAACAAGGAAAUCGAUGUACAGGAAGCAGACAUAAGUUUUGAUGUAUGCUCUGAAGAAGCAUGUGAAGAGGCAGCAGAUGCAAGUCCCAGAGAUGAUUGUGAGUCAGAGGAAAAACCUGAAGACUGGACCAUAGAUACAGAAUCAAGUUUAGCAGAGGAUGAAGUCGAAGAAAAUGAAUGUGAAGCCCAUGCACUUUAUGUAGAGAAUUAUGAACAAGCAGAGGAAGAUGAAGACAUUUUGGAUGGAGAAACUUGUGCAUCUGAGGGCCAUGUUUCUGAAAUCUGCCCUGAAGAAGAAGCAGAGGCCUGCUUGCCUUCUGGUAAUGAGGAGACUAUGUGUGCGCCAUGUGCCGAGGACAUCUCUGUUGAAGGCGAUGCUUAUGAAGAUGAGCUGUAUGAUGAACAGAAAUAUGAAAAUCUCAGUGACUGUACCUCUACAAUCGAUCACGUACAUACAACUGUCAUUGAUUCCAAAAAGGAUGAAAGGCCUGAGCCCGAAGAUACAGAAUUUAUUGAGUGCUCAGAAAUGGAGCCAUAUUGGUCACUUAUAGAUAAAGAAGAUAACGGAGAGAUGUGUGAGCCAGAUGUUGAGGAUUACUAUGCGUACCAGAUUAAAAGUGUUGACUCAUCUGUUAAACAAGCCCUGAAUGGGCUUAUUAUGGAGACAAUAUCAUAUGAUCAGAUGAUUCAUGGAAGAGCUAAUGGGGAUGGUUCUAAGAAUGAAAGAGCAGAUGCUCUUUUAUACCUGAAAGAGAAUGAGUCACAGACCUCUGGAGUUUGUCCUUCAGUGGAGUGCAAAGCAGUCAGGUUCGCAGUUGCUGAAGUUAGUGAACUGAGUGAGAACGUGGCCAGCUGCUCUGUUGUGGAAAAUAUGGCCCAUGAACAAACUCCAGAAUCAGACGAUGACUGUGGGUUAAAUGAAAUUUCAGCAGAAAUAAGCCCCCCUCUAGAUAUUAUUCACAGUGUUGUCUCAGAACGUGCCAGAAUCGGGGGAUGGGAUGCACACACUGAGGAAAACAGUGCCUCUGAACAGAGCAGGGAUUCAGAAGAGGAGCAGAGUGACGAUGAAUCCUCCGAGCAUUGUGAAUGCGAGUACUGCUUUCCACCAUUAGAGCAGGUUCCAGCAAAACCACUGCUUCCACAGAUGAAAUCAAACGAUGCAGGGAAGAUCUGUGUGGUUAUUGAUUUGGAUGAAACACUAGUGCAUAGUUCAUUUAAGCCAGUGAACAAUGCAGAUUUUAUCAUUCCAGUGGAAAUUGAUGGAACAGUUCAUCAGGUGUACGUGUUAAAGAGACCCCACGUUGACGAAUUCCUCAAGAGGAUGGGAGAAUUGUUUGAGUGUGUUUUGUUCACCGCAAGCUUAGCCAAGUAUGCAGAUCCUGUGUCUGACUUGUUGGACAAAUGGGGGGCCUUCCGGAGCCGUCUCUUCCGGGAGUCGUGUGUCUUUCACAAAGGAAACUACGUAAAAGACCUGAGCCGUUUAGGAAGAGACCUCAACAAGGUCAUCAUCAUUGACAACUCCCCAGCCUCCUACAUCUUCCAUCCCGACAAUGCUGUUCCUGUAGCAUCCUGGUUUGACGACAUGUCAGACACAGAGCUUCUCGAUCUCAUCCCCUUCUUUGAGAGACUAAGCCAAGUGGAUGACAUCUAUGAUAUUCUCAAGCAGCAGAGGACUUCAAGCUAACAGAGGCAGGGCACUAGGAUGAAAAUAAUGUUCAGUGGCUGUCAUUAUGGGGCCACGGAGGCUGGUGGGCCAGCUAUCCCCACACUGCUUCCCACUACAAGGACCAUACUGCAAAAAAAAAAACCCUGUAAUUUAAUCUCCUAUUCUUAUAGUAUGAAAAAAGAGAAAUCAAUCUUCUAGCUGGGUUUGGUGCUUCAGCAUGGACAGUUAUCUAAUCCCAGUGACAGAAUUUCUUUCUUUUUAGUAAUGCUAGAGAAAGAUUUCAUAUGAGAUUAAAUGUACUUUUGUAGAUAUCUUUUACAGUGCAGCUAGAGAGUUGUUGUUGUCGUUAUGUGAUAGCGGUGACCUAUGUGAGUGUGCUGUAAACCUAGAUUGUGUGAACACAAAUGUUCAGUGCCAUACUUCAAAUGAACCACAUCAGUCAUUGUCAUAUUAGUACAAUGUAGCAUUCGUAAUAGUAUUUGAAACUCUCACAAGCCCUCACACAGAGAACACAAGUCAGUGAACAUGGUCCCUGGAAUCUCAUUCAUUUUGUUUGUUUGUUUUCUUGUUUCUUUGUUUUUUGCCAAAUGGCCAAAUGGCCAAAUGUGUAUGUAGGAUAAGACAAUCUUUAACUCUUGAGAACUUUGGUUUAAUAAUUUAUUUUUUAAAAAAUGAUGACACAUUUCACUACAAAAUGCACACUUUGACACGCUUCAAACACUGUGCACGUACUGUAUGACUUUGGAAAGCUACAAACAAACAGUUUGUGGUGGGAAUUUGGCUCCAAAAAUAAACCAUAUGCUUUAGCUUUUGACUUCAGAUUGAAAAGAAACCAUGCCCAAUAGUCCCCUGCCAUCAACUGUAGUAUUUAUUAACUACUUCACAGAUGAUUGAUAAGGUUUAAUCUCUAUAUUUUAAUAUUACUAGAAUCUAAUUAUGAAUGAUAAUAAUCCUUUUAGAUUUAGCUUCAUGCCCAAAACGCCAUAAUCUUCAGCCCAGUGUAAGAUUUAUAAAGUGUAGAAGUCAGACUUUAAUGGACAGUUAGGGAUUAGCAUUAAGAAAACAGACUAAGCUGCACUGAUUGGACCUUCCUUACACAGAGAUGUACCACUGCAGAAAUGGUAAGAUUAUUUUUGUACAUAGAGCGUAUCAGGAUUUUAAGCAAUUGUUUUGAUUUGGUUUUAAUGUUGUUUCAUCUAAUGUUGUUUUAUCUUUUGAGUUUUCAGUUGAAUCGGCCGCUACAGCGUGCACAGCAACAAUGCAAAGCUGUUUAUGUGUGCAGGAGGAGGCUGUGAACUACUGAGGCGAUGAGUUUGACGUUUGAUUUGAAAGCACACUAUGAUGCAUCCUGUCAGUAAACUUGAAUUCAAACUUUUUGUGUGUGUGUAAGACAUUAAUGGAGUCAAGUGUCCUGCCUUAUCGAUCUGUAUAUUCAGUUUCAUUGGGAAAGCUUGUGCCAGAUGUGUUCUAGCCCUGAUUUGCUUUGCCUCAGUCUGGAGCGAGUGUGUAUAUUUGUAUGUGUGCGUGUGGUUUUCUGUGUGAUUGCAUCAGUGUGUGUAUUUACAUUAGUUUGAGAUUUCAAAGAAGAUGCUUUGACAGUAUGUGAGAAGCACAACCUGUCUUGGAAUAAUGAUUAACUUUUUUACUGAAUGCAACCAGAGUAUUAACGUUGUGACUCAAGUAAAGAAACUGGUUAAGUGAGUUUUUAAACUGCUGCUGAUAAAUGGUUAAGAUUGUAAAAGAAAAAAAAAGACUAAAGAUAUUUCUACCUUGCAUCAAUAAAGCAUGUUUUAUUGAAACAGGA